AUGGCAGAUUCUGAGCCGAGAAAUUUCUCCCAGUCAGCUCGCCAAAGUAUUCUGAAGACCAUUGUGGACCUCGAAAGCCGAAUCUAUGAAAGGGACGUUUGGCUCAUCGAUCUCGAGCCGCGAAACGUCAUCAUAAGUUCACCAGAGAGCGACCAACUCCGUGUCGUGUUCAUUGAUUUUGGGGAUGCUCUUUUCAACCGUAGGCGAGAUGAUCCCAUUGCGUUAGAAUUGAACAAUUUUUUGGGAGAGUACAUUUCACCCCUUCUUCGGUGGAAGAAAAGCAAGGGCAAAGAAUAUGCAUUUCUUGAAUGGAUUGAUUGGGACUGGGAUCCCUGGCUAAAUGCCGAGUUUGCCCAUACAGCUGCAAGCAUCACCCCCGAGAUGCGAGAAAGAUGGUCCGAUGAUUAA